AUGGCGGAUGAAGCAGUGCUAACUCUCGGUCCAAAAAAUCCGACGUUGUUGGUGAGACAAAACAAACAUGUGUCGGGAUAUGUUUGGAACCAAACAAAUAAGAAAGUCUUGAAGUUGAGAUUACCCCACAUUCCUUUGAAUGGUGUCCCUCGACAAAUCGAACAAUAUGUUCGACUGGCUGGAUUUUACGAGGCCGGUCUAUGUGGUUCUAUCAAACAAGACAAAGUGUUGAUAUCAGCACUGGUGGAGCGUUGGCGGCCCGAGACGCACACCUUUCAUAUGCCGUUUGGAGAGUGCACCAUCACUCUUCAAGAUGUUGCCGUUCAGCUGGGACUAAAUAUUGAUGGGCAACCUGUUACCGGGGUGAUGUGA